AUGAAUCACUUCCAGAUGUACCACGAAGGAAAUAUGGGGAUGAACAGCAUGCAAACAGUUCCAGAUUCAGUUCAAUACUUCAACUCUACUGCGCCAAGGGCGGACAGCAUGGCACUGUUGACCCAUAGGAGGAAGAGAACCAACUUCAGCCCGCAGCAAAUCGAAGUGCUGGAAAAGGUGUAUUCUGACACUAAAUAUCCUGAUAUCUACCUACGGGAGAGACUUGAGGCUCUGACUGGCCUGCCGGAGUCCAGAAUUCAGGUCUGGUUCCAGAACAGACGGGCCAAGUCACGCCGGCAGGUCAGCUCAUCGGCCCCCAUGAAAUCCAACGGGCCGACCAGCUCUGCCCCCGUCCCGUUCGCGCAACUCCAAAACAGAAUGGCUGCAGACAUGAUAGGUUUAACACACUUCCCAUUGGACGGCAGCUUCAGACCGACUCAGCGCCACUGUAAAGGCGAGGAGAACCACGUGUCUUCAUCUACGACAAAGCCACAGAGCUACGAACACAAGUCUGUAACUUCUUGUGUUUACGAAGCGACGUCUCCGAAAAAGCCCGAACUCAGCGUUGUCGUCCCCUGCGUCACGUCUUCAUUUCAGAAGGCGCAUCAACAUGACGUCAAAGCCCAUUACUCAUCUCAUGGAAACGCAGGACCGAAGCUUAUUGUGGAAUACGACAAUUUCCCACCCAACAAGACCAUCGGACCGGAGAUGAAAGUGGUUAUUCCCCCAAUUCCAACACAUUCGCUCUGCCACUUUUCUCCGAUCCAUGCCAGUGAGGACUUUUCCGACUCGGACUCUGAUUGGGAAACCAGUGCCAUGGUCGGCUUUGGGGGUUUUAUGUGAUUCUGUGACACAGCAAAACAGUUGGAUUAUGUGCGUAUGUAGUAUACAUUUGUAAACU